UUUCACCACUGGAAGUCCAUGCACAAUGAAUUCAUUUCACUCAUUUUGCUGGAACACCUCUACUGAACUUUCAAACAAAUCCCGAAAUGAGGAGUUUGCUUAUCAAACCCCUAGUGUUGCGGAUACCAUCAUCCUCCCUUCCAUGGUUGGGAUUAUCUGUUCCACAGGACUGGUUGGCAACAUCCUCAUUGUAUUCACUAUAAUAAGGUCCAGGAAAAAAACAAUCCCUGACAUUUAUAUUUGCAACCUGGCUGUGGCUGAUUUGGUCCACAUCAUUGGAAUGCCUUUUCUUAUUCACCAGUGGGCCCGGGGAGGAGAGUGGGUGUUCGGGGGACCUCUGUGCACCAUCAUCACAUCUCUGGAUACCUGCAACCAGUUUGCCUGUAGUGCCAUCAUGACCGUAAUGAGUGUGGACAGGUACUUGGCCCUCGUCCAACCAUUUCGACUGACGAGUUGGAGAACAAGGUGCAAGACCAUCCGCAUCAAUUUGGGCCUUUGGGCAGCUUCCUUUAUUCUGGCACUGCCUGUCUGGGUCUACUCGAAGGUUAUCAAAUUUAAAGACGGCAUCGAGAGUUGUGCUUUUGAUUUGACAUCCCCUGACGAUGUACUCUGGUACACACUUUAUUUGACGAUAACAACUUUUUUUUUCCCUUUACCCUUGAUUUUGGUGUGCUAUAUUUUAAUUUUAUGCUAUACAUGGAAGAUGUAUCAACAAAAUAAAGACGCCAGAUGUUGCAAUGCCAGUGUACCCAAGCAGAGAGUGAUGAAGCUGACAAAGAUGGUGCUGGUGUUGGUGGCGGUCUUUAUCCUGAGUGCUGCCCCCUAUCACACGCUACAGUUGGUGAACUUACAGAUGGACCAGCCCACACUGGCCUUCUAUGUGGGCUAUUACCUCUCCAUCUGUCUCAGCUACGCCAGCAGCGGCAUUAACCCUUUUCUCUACAUCCUGCUGAGUGGAAACUUUCGAAAGCGUCUGCCCCAACUUCAAAGGAGGGUGACUGAGAGAGAAAUCAACAAUAUGGAAAACACCCUGAAAUCGAGCUUUUAGGAAAAUACACAGAUCACUAAGAGUCUAGACAGGAUCGUGUAUGUCAUUGAUAUUAUUAGAAAGAGCAGAUGGACCCAGCUGCUCGUGCCCAUUCUUCUUACGUACUUGUGACUCUUAGCAACGUAGAACAGAAAUUUAACCAUCCAAAUACAUUGGGUUUAAUAUGCUAACU